AUGGAGACCAUCUGGAUCUACCAGUUCCGCCUCAUCGUGAUCGGAGACUCCACCGUGGGCAAGUCAUGCCUCCUGCACCGCUUCACCCAGGGCCGCUUUCCGGGCCUGCGCUCCCCCGCCUGCGACCCCACAGUGGGCGUGGACUUCUUCUCCCGCCUGCUGGAGAUCGAGCCCGGCAAGAGGAUCAAGCUGCAGCUGUGGGACACGGCGGGGCAGGAGCGGUUCAGGUCAAUAACUCGCUCUUACUACCGCAACUCAGUUGGUGGAUUUUUAGUAUUUGACAUCACUAACCGACGAUCCUUUGAACAUGUGAGAGAUUGGCUAGAAGAAGCAAAAAUGUAUGUACAGCCAUUUCGGAUUGUGUUUCUGCUAGUUGGACACAAGUGUGAUUUAGCUUCACACCGUCAAGUUUCAAGGGAAGAAGCUGAAAAACUGUCCGCAGACUGUGGCAUGAAAUAUAUAGAAACCUCAGCAAAAGACGCCACAAAUGUUGAAGAAUCGUUCACAAUCUUGACAAGAGACAUCUAUGAACUUAUUAAAAAGGGAGAGAUUUGUAUUCAGGAUGGCUGGGAAGGGGUCAAAAGUGGUUUUGUUCCGAAUACUGUGCAUUCUUCUGAGGAAGCAGUAAAGCCCAGGAAAGAGUGCCUAUGCUGACUGCAACCAUGCCAAAGAACGCAGAAGGGCAGACCGGGGGUCCGUUCCAGAGAAAUACCAAUAUUAAAAGCAGAAUGCCGCAAUGAAAGCAUUUAAGAACGUCAUCUACCUGACUCACUGCCCAUAUUAACACUGUUGUGUAAGGUCUUUAAUUCAGAGCACUAUGCUUAUGUGUUAAACUAUGAGAUUGGAUAUUAGCAGACAAGCCAAACUUUUUCUAGAAACUCAAGUAUCCGCAUAAUUACCUCCGUUUUCACCUUGUUAUCACAUGACUGGCCUUAGUGUCCAAAUAUGGCAAUCUUUCUCCUUUAUCUUGACAGUCUGAAAUGGUGUGUAUGUGUGGUCUCAUUUUAAACUUUUAACAAGAAGUAUAGUCUCUGGAGUUAAUUCAUUUUAAACAGUAAAAUGGGUAUCAAAGUACACUGUUCACUUACAAAGACUUCUCAGAGGUAUCGACCGGAACUAAAACGGUAGUUUCCUACUUAAGGAACCAGGUUUUUUAACCAUUUUCUUUAAUUUUGUCUGAACAUAAGGGAAUACGUUUUAUACUAAUUUUUCUUCUCUGAGUUAUUGCUCCUGAACAUUUUAUAUCUUUUAGAUGUGUCUGAGAAUCUAAGCAAAAUAUUUUACUGCAAAUACAUGUAAAAAUACAAACAAGCACCCAUUUAUCAGCAAAUGUUUUCAUAUUUUAGUAUACUGUCCUGCCUUAGGCAGAGGAAACAAGUUCACUGAUAUGCUGGCAAAUUCAAAGAAAUUAAAUGCAGUUUACCUUGAACUAGUGUCAAA